AUAGGAGAAGCAUAGAUGUGAUGGCUUGUGUAGACGUCACAGCAUCUCUCAACAGCUUCCUGGGACCAUCCCUGAUCCGCCAUCCCUUUAAUGACGGGGAGCCCUGGAAACACAUCGACCUCCGUAAUCUCGCAGCUAUGGCCGACGUUCCAGCGAUAAUAAACAUCGCGAUUUCACUGAAAAUCCAACCUAAUGACGGGCCGGUGUUUUAUAAAGUGGACGGGACGAGGUUCGGCCAGAGCAGGACAAUCAAAUUGCUAACAGGAUCGAAAUACAAAAUCGAGGUGAUCGUGAAACCGGGUAGCGCGGAGGCCACCACAAUGGGGAUCGGUGGAAAGACCUUCCCGUUGGAGCAGCAGUCCAAAGAUGAGGAGCAGAUCGUCUACAAUGGCACCUAUGAUACUGAGGGUGUGCCACACACCAAGAGCGGCGACAGACAACCAGUGCAGGUCUCCAUAGAGUUCAAAGAUGCCGGCAUGUUUGAGACGGUGUGGCAAGUGAAAUACUACAACUACUACAAGAGAGAACACUGCCAGUUCGGCAACAGCUUCAACUGCAUCGAGUACGAGGCCAAGCCCAACGAGACCCGCAGCCUCAUGUGGAUCAACAAAGAGGUCUUCAUGUAAAACACGAGCACAGCGACAAAUAUGCACAAUGUGACCUGUAACCAUCAUGGGGCCGCUGUGUGCGGGACUGAUGACUCCGAGCUCCUCAGUGAACGUCCGUCAGGGUAUCUGUUCACCAGUCAAGCAAUGCACCUGUUUGUUCGAUGCAUGAUUUCCAGUUUCAUUUACAGUAUGUCUCUUCCUCCACAUCCUGCCUGAGCUGGUGAAAUCUGAAAAAGACGAGUUAUAGUGUGAAAGUUUCCAUUGGAAAGGAUUUUCAGCUCUCUCUUGGUCAUUUGCACAUCACAUAUCUGCUCUAUUAUGGUUACAAAUGCACUGAGACCAUCUUUCCACAAGACUCGGAUGAGACAGCUCUGAAGGCCUGUAUAUUUAACCGAGUCGUUUGCUGUUAAAGAGACAGGCAACGCUUGCUCAAAAAGGUGCUGUAUGAACACAGGCUACACAUGAUACUCUAUAUUAGUGUGCAUAAUGUAAUAUUAUAAAAGUAAAGACCAGUCAGUUAAUAUUGUGGUCUAACCAGCGUAAAACAAUUAUUUAUUUUAUGACAGGCGUGCCUGUUUAUGGUGUGGAUGGAUGUUUAAUUAUUUCCCAUUUUGUGUUACUGUUGUUUACUGCUUAAACUGUUGCCUAUUUCUUCACAGAAGCAUUAGUUCACUGGUGAGAGUUGAAUCAGAAAUGAAGUUAGUGCUUUAAUUCUAUUGUUUUGACUUAAUUCUAUUCCCAUUUUCAGAUUGUUUGUUUGCCUAUGUGUGUUGCUGAAUAUCAGUCUUGUGUGAAUUUGAGCCAAACUUUUGACUUUGUUUUUGUAAGAAUAUAAAAAAUAUUGUUGCUUGAAAUUCUGUGCUGUUUUAAUAAAUACGUUACAGUUUAAGA